AUGCCUGUCCUUGGAGAAGCAGAGCGAAUGGAGAGAGCAAUGGCAAGAUCGAAGUCAUCAGGUGGAGGUGGAGGUGGAGGUGGAGGUGGAGGUGGAAGUGCUAGAGAAGGCACAACAAAAUCAAUAGUGGCUGAUCAAAUUUCUCAGGCUGUGCAAUCCACCUCCAAUCUCCUUCACCUCAUGCAACAGUCCUCUCCAUCCCAGGCCAAACUCAUGAAGCUCCCAAAGAACCUUCUGGCAAAAGCCUCUACUAUCAAGAACACUGGACGAGUUUUAGAGCAAAUGCCUAAGGUGAUCUCAUCCCUGGAUGCACAUAUGGAUUGUGGAUUGGAAAGUGUGACAAAACAGGCCAGAUAUGCAUCCAAGUUGAUAAGGAGCAAUGUGGCUGGAAAACAUUCGCUCCCAGAUAAUCUCUUGACUUUGCCUUGUGCUUUUGUUGAUGAUUUGGAUUGGCAGGAAAAUGACGUGAUGAUAUUUAGACCCGUUGGGAUUAGAAAUCUAUUACCAACCACAAUCCUAAUGGAGCCAGCUCGAGGGGUUGUAUUACCAAGAGAAGAGAAGUAA